AUGGCCUCUUUAGGAGCAAAGGUGCGGUUCAUGAUCACCGCGGGGGUUGGGUUCUUUGCAGAUGGCUAUCUCAACUUGACAAUUGGACUUGUUGUUCCAAUUCUCGGGUAUCUUUAUUUCCCAGAUGGCAAAGUUGCCACAAUUGACAGCGACGUCAUCAAAGGAGGCCUCAGUCUGGGCAUGGUGGUUGGCCAACUCCUUUUUGGUGUGCUUAGCGAUACCUGGGGUCGCCACAAAAUAUAUGGAAAGGAGUUGCUAUUGACUAUCUUUGGAACCCUGUUGGUCAUUUUGUUGCCAUGGAAGGGUAUGUCCACACGGUCAAUAACUGCCUGGGUAACGGUAUUCCGCGUUUUGACAGGAAUUGGAAUUGGAGCAGACUAUCCGCUAUCCUCUUCAUUGGCAGCCGAGAACUCACCAUUUGGCAGUCGGGCGGUUCAGGUACUGGUUGUCUUCUCCAAUAUUGGCCUCGGGAACAUUGCCGCCAGCAUCGUCUUCUUAGUCCUACUCAAAGCCUUUGAGAGCGCGGUUGCAGAAAAUAUACAACACCUGGAGUGGGUGUGGCGAUUACUUCUGGGGAUUGGUAUCAUUCCUGCUAUUUUUACACUCUAUGCCCGUUUGACCAUCGCCGAGACUUUGCCAUAUAAACAAUAUGUAUGUGAUGAGAAUACAGGUCAAAAGCGAGGCUUGAAGCAGCAGUGGCGCGACUUCCGAGAAUAUUUCGGACAGUGGAGGCAUGCAAGGGCUCUCUUUGCAACUGCAGCCUCCUGGUUUCUCUUUGAUAUCGCAUACUACGGUAUCAACCUCAACCAGAGUGUUAUCCUGGCCAGAAUUGGAUAUGCCACGGGAGAUACCCCAUGGAAGACCCUUUACAACACUGCCAUCGGGAACAUAAUUGUCCAGGCUGCGGGCUAUCUUCCUGGAUUUUACGUUGGUAUUUUCCUCCCCGAUCGCAUUGGUCGUGUUCGCCAACAACUAUUCGCAUGCGGGACAGUGUGCGUUCUCUAUGCCAUCUGGGCCGGAAUCAGCUCUCCCGGCACUCACACCUCCACUGGAGGUUUGAUGGUCAUUUUCGCGAUUUCCCAGUUCAUGCUCACAGUUGGGCCCAAUGUGACUACUUUCCUGAUCCCUGCAGAGGUAUUCCCAACACGAGUUCGCGGCACGGCGCAUGGAAUUUCUGCCGCUGCUGGUAAAUGUGGCGCAAUUCUGACAGCGUUUGCAUUUGGUACGGUUGAAGAUGCAAUCGGUCUGUCCGGCGUCCUCGGCCUGUUCUCUGGGAUUAUGUUCCUCACCACUCUUGUCACCUUCCUGAUUCCAGAGACCAAGAAUCACUCCCUUGAGGGCAUUGAAAGAGGUGAUCUGUAUGCAAAGCAUGAUCAGUUCGAGGAGAGAAUUUCCACCCCCGGCAGUAUCACCAAAAUGCACAUUCAGGGUGUGGCUUCUGAAGCUUCUAGAUCUGUCGAUAAUGUUAUCUAG